AUGGCUUCUCGAACAUCGUAUAAGGACUCCAGAUCAAUGUCGACGUCGCGCUGCUUCUUCGGCAGGGUAGUCUUGGGCGGAGUGCCCCAGAGGCGAGGCGAGUCGUCAUCUGCCAUCCUCAACAGGGUCAACAAGGCUGGAUCGGCGAUGAAGAUCGACAGCGCCACCGACUUUCGGGAUCAAGUUCUGCGAAAUAAUGUUUUCGACUUCUGCUAA